AUGUGCGGGAGCCCAAUAUGUUUUCCUUUUGAAGGUGUUUUUUGCUUCUUGCAAUUGCUUUCCUUAACUCCGAAGUCGCUCACACCACCCCCCUCGAAGAGUCCUCUCCCACUACUACUAGUAGUCGUCUUCCUCCCUUCCACGCUUGCACAUCAGCGCUAAUCCAAUCCAUCCAUCCCCUAAUCACCACCGCCGCCGGCCUAAUCCCCUUUCCUCUGCUACGCGCGCGAUGGCGGCGGCGACGGCUCCGGUGGAGGUGCCUGUGGCGGCGCCGGUGAGGACUGUGAAGGUCACAAAUGUUUCCCUGAGUGCAACUGAGCAAGACAUUAAGGAGUUCUUUUCUUUUUCAGGAGACAUUGAACAUGUGGAUAUGAAAAGUGGUGAUGAGUGGUCUCAAGUUGCAUAUGUUACUUUUAAAGAUGCCCAAGGAGCAGAGACUGCGCUUCUUCUUUCGGGCGCAACAAUAGUUGACCUUUCUGUUAUCAUUGCACCUGCUCCAGAGUAUCAACCGCCCCCUACUGCCUCUGCUCCACUGAUGAGUGGAACCAGAGUACCAGUGGGUGGUGACAAUGUGGUCCACAAGGCUGAGGAUGUUGUCAGCACUAUGCUUGCCAGGGGUUUCACCCUGGGCAAAGACGCUGUCGGCAAAGCGAAAUCUUUUGAUGAGAGGCAUGGCUUCACAUCCACUGCCACUGCCAAGGUGGCCUCCAUCGACAAGAAGAUAGGGCUCAGCGAGAAGUUCACCAUGGGCACUACAGUGGUAAACGAGAAGGUCAAGGAGAUGGACCAGAAGUUCCAGGUCUCCGACAAGACCAAGUCGGCGCUGGCUGCGGCCGAACAGACCGUGAGCAAUGCCGGGUCUGCCAUCAUGAAGAACAGGUACGUCUUCACGAGCGCGUCGUGGGUCACCAGCGUGUUUGGCAAGGUUGCCAAGGCCGCCACCGACGUCAGCACGAUGACAAAGGAGAAGAUGUCGGCCGAGGACCAGCAAAAGGGCUCCGGGGGCAGCUCGUACACGCCCAUCCGCUGAUCCUCACCCCUCGUGCCUCUAUGUGCCUUGCCAUGUUGUAUUAUUUAUUGGUGGACCAGAAGACAACAUUAGAUAUAUAGAACACAUCAGAUCACCCCUUCCAUAUGUGAACUUUUGCAACCCAGGAUUAUUUUCUCUCUUUGUAGAAGAACAGGAAAUUUACUUUGGGGUUUUACAUGUUACAGAACUGUUCAAGGUAGAAUUGGAAUGAACCUUUUACUUGGUUAUUAAGUUGUGGAAGGGUGCUGUAAUAAUAUUGCUAGUGUUGUUGUGUUGAUCACAGCAGUACAGAAAUGCCCAUGUGCUCCAUGUGGCUGUAUUGAAUUGCUUGCACGAAA